AGGAUGAAGGUGAUGAGAGCGAGAAUGAAGAUGAUGAGAGCGAGGAUGAAGAUGAUGAGAUGGAGGAUGACGAUAUUGGCGAGGAAACAGGAGUCCAUCCGAUGGAUGCAUUCCUUGGUAUUUUUCAUUCUUCCGAUAUUUUUUUACGACGUUAUCUUGCUACUAGGUUAUCUGAAUGUCAACUCAGUGUUCCAUUUCUUCUGCCUGAUCCUAUGACGGGGAAAUCUGAAAACGUCACAAUGUUACUUUCAGCUUUACAGAAUAUCACGAAGUCUUGGAAAAGUGGUUCCGGCAACAAUGAAAGUGUACAAGAGGUGUUUGCAACACUACAUCCAUUUCCGGUGGUUUCCUUCAUCCGUCUCGGCCAACCUACCAUGUCGAAAUCAUUGUUGAUUAACAAAAUUAUGAGUGACAGAGACAGUUACCACAAUUUCUUCUUCCACAAAGAUAUGGAAGGUGGCGAUGUCGCAAGGAAAGUAGUUGAUGGAUUGGUUGAACUGAGCUGGUAUCUUCCUAAAGGGAAACCGAAGGCGAUACUAAAACGUGAAAUUUGCUUUGCGAAUCUUCGAGGAGAGGCUACAAUUUUCAAGAAACAACUAAAAGUUCUUUCGAAGAUAUCAUCCACCCUUUGUAUAGUACUACCAUCAGCACGUCCGGAUCAGACCAUGCAAAAUAUUUUAAAUAGAUUUGCCCGUAACAACACAAAAGUCAUUCUUUUAUUCAAUGAAAAAAUAAUGAAAAGUGGAAAGAAAUAUUUUGACAAGUUAAAAAGUAGUUCUAAUGAAAAGUUCUCUUUGAUAACGAAGGCGGAAAAAGGCAAUGAAUAUGACUAUCUUAAGACUAUCCGAGAAGGUAUCAGAAAGAAAAUAGAUGGAGUGAAAGCAAGGCCUCUUGUGAAGAUAUCGUUGCGUGCAGAUGAAUAUGAAAUUCAACUUGAGGACGAUCAAAUAGAUUCAGAGUUUAAGGCGAUGAUAGACAGCUUGUUGGAAAAGGGGAUUGAAAGAGUGAAAAAAUUGAUGACGUUGCAAAUUCACAUCCCAGUAUUGGCGGGGUUGGAGCGUGAGAUGCACCGCCCUAAACGUCAUGGUAACAAAUUUAUUAAAGAAGAUAAUAACGAAAUAUAUGAGAAAGUUAAAAAAAGUAAAGAGGCGCAAAAGACAUCUUUGAAACAUCUUGACAAAGAUAUUCUUAAUUGUCUUAAUCACAUUACAAUGAUGGAUGAAUUGGAACGACAUAAAGCAUUGAACAUGUUGAAGCACCGGUUGGAAUCAAGAUCAAAUGCCUCGCUUGGCUUAGAACACGUCAUCAGAGAACUAGCCCAGCUAUACCAAAUUAAAAGAAAUACAAAAGACAGUGCAGGUGAAAACGAAUGCGACUAUGCAGGUGCUGCGGCAGAUAUGUUGCUUUCAGGGCAACCUCUUGAGCUUGUUGACGGCGAUCACUUUUACAUUCCACUAGAAUGGUUCAAUGCUGUGUGUACCAAACUAAAAGAGAAAACCAACGAUGCGAAAAUAUUUGUGGUUUCAGUUGUAGGAAUUCAAAGUUCAGGUAAGUCAACAAUGUUAAACACAAUGUUUGGUUUAGAAUUUCCAGUCAGUGCAGGUAGAUGUACUAAAGGCGUUUUCGCUAGCCUUCUUCCUGUGAGUGAUUCCCUUAAGUCAACUUCAAAGUUUGAUUAUGUCUUGGUUGUUGAUACUGAAGGUCUCAGAGGAUUAUCAGAUCCUCAGGUGCGGGAACGCGACAAUGAGCUGGUAGUUUUUGCGAUUGGUUUGGCCGAUGUAACACUAGUGAAUAUCAAGGGUGAAAUUUCUAAUGAUAUGAAAGAUUUCUUGGAAACAGCUGUCCAUGCUUUCUUGAAAAUGAAGCUUGCCGACGCGAACAAGAUGUCUUGCAGAAUUGUUCACCAAGAUGUUGCAGAUCCUGGUGCAAACACAAAAUUAGAAGGCGACCGUAUAGACUUCAUAAAAAAUCUUGAUGAAAUGACGAAGAAUGCUGCAAUUCAAGAAAAUUGCAACGACAAAUACAAAAAAUUUAAUGAUGUUAUUUCAUUUAAUGAGAAAGAGGACGUGUUUUAUCUACCAACACUUCACUUAGGAAACCCACCAAUGGCUCCCGUAAACCCUCAAUAUGGAAGAGGUAUCCAAACAAUCAAAAAUGGCAUAAUCGACUUAAUGUGCUUAACUAACUCAAACGAAAAUGUAAGUUCUCGCCAUUCCGUGUCUGAUUUAGAAAGUUCUCACCAUUCCGUAUCUGAUUUUCAGAAGAGGGUUACCAACAUUUGGAAAGCACUUCAAGAAGAACAUUUCAUAUUCAGUCUCCGUAACACGAUUGAAUUGAGAGCUCGGAGAUCUUUGGACGAAAAAUAUUUAGAGGUAUCUGUGUCUGUGAUGUUGACUGGAAUGGCCAAGCUUGAAGAACAAAUUGAUGUAGCUCUGAGAAGAUGCUUAACAGCAGUUCAACGAGAGGAGGAGUGGGCUGAGAGUGAAAAAGAAAUACAUAGUAAAGCGAAGGAACUUGAAAAGGAAAUGAAGAAAGCAAUGGAUUUCUUUUUCGUAAAUGACAAAGACAGUACGACUCUUUAUAAGUGGAGGGGAGCCAUAAGUGAGGAAAUUGAAAAGGAAAAGGAAAGACAAGUGACGAAGGUGAAGGACCACUGCUUUAAAACCUUGUUGUAUUUGCGAAGAAUUCAGGAUAUUGAAAGAAAAAAAAAUACCUACCAGGAGAAAGUUAUGGAAAAAGCUAAAGAGUUUAUUAUUUCAGUUCAUCAUAUUGAAAAUAAGGCGAAGUUGGAAGCGAUCUUCCUUCAAGAAUGGCAACGAUGGAUUUCAGACGUUCCAAAAUUACAGGAAGUGAAAAUUGAUGUCAUCGACGAAAUGGUAGGUUUUGUAUUGGAGAAGUACCCUGAUUCAAGUGAAGAUGAACUAGCAGAGUACAAAAAUAUCAUAUCAAACUUCCAGAAUGGUGGUAUUGCUGAUCAGGAUCUUAUUUACAAUAUAGGCUUUUUAAAAAUGUUCUUCUUUGGACGCAAAAUUCGAAAAGAUUGUAUUGCUCGUGCUUCAGCUAUUAAAAAAAAGGUGGUUGAUAUGGCAAAAGAUUUUUCUCAAGUGGCCUUGGAAUCAGGGGUAAGAUUUACCCGAGAUAAUCUCAAACAAAUGUACGAGAAUGUGACUACUUCCUUAGAUGAAGAAACUAAAAAAUAUCUGUUUGAAUUUAAAACAUCUUCUAAACGCAAUAUUUUAGUGUCUUCUUUUGCACAGUCCCACCAAUAUUUUGAUGAAAUGGAAGACCGCUUUUUACAGGAACAAGAUAUCAGAGGAAACUUGGAAAUAACCUUGCGACCACAAUUAAAAAAUUAUUUUGAAAAUGUUUACGAGAAGAGAAACAAAGAAUACUUAGCUGCUUUUUUUUUCGUUAAUGUACUUAAAAAGGAAAUUGAAUCAGCGCUGGCGCAGAGAAUGGGGAAAUUAGUGGCAGAUGAUAUAUCCAGAAGCAGCGAGUUCAAAGACAAAGGUAAAUUUCAUGCUAAAAUUCUGAUUAAACUCGGCGAGGACAAAAAUUUUCAGUCGUACGUUCGUUAUUUGGAAGAUCCAGUUGAAUUUCUGAAAACAAAAUUGGAGGAAUCAAUUGAAAACCACUGCCUUCAUACAAUCCUUCCUGCUACUGUUUCACUUUUCGGAAACGAAGUUAACAAAAUAAAAGAACAAAUUUUAACCGCCAUUCGAAUUGCUGACGAUAAAACAAGGAAAAGGGAAGGGAAAUUAACUUUUUGGAUUCAGCAAUUUGUCGAGGUGUGUUCAACAAUUAUUGUCAAAAAGGAAAUGUUUGCUGUGGCCGCUAUUGUAGAUCUAGACGAGAUUAGCGUCUUCCAAGCUUCCGACCAAAUCAUCAACAAUCUAAAUCAGUAUAUAGACUCUUUAAUUGAAGGUGGAGUUAAUCUUGCGACCUUCCGCAAAUGGAAUCCAUCACCGCACAAAUUCAUCUUUGAUGAAAUGUUUGCUUGUCAAUGUCUUUGCCCCUUUUGCAAAGCAUUGUGCGAUGGAAACAAAGGUCAUAAAACACAUUCAACACAAUCUCAUCGCCCAGUUGGAAUUGUUGGUCAGAUGCACGAGAGAACUAGAAAAUUAGUUACCAAUUUUUGCACGGAGUGCGUAGCCGGAAACAAGACAUUUCGAAGCCUGGAUACAUUUUACGAACCAUGCUAUUACCGAGAUUAUCGCUCUGUCAAUGAUUAUUACGGCUCCUGGGUCAUCGCUGGAAAUAAGUCGCUUAAACCGUCAAUGUAUUGGAAGUGGUUUAUGGCAACCUUCUGGAAAGAACUGGCAGACGUACAUGGUGUUACACCAGCAAAACCUAAUUUCUUUUGGAGGUUCAUUUCAUUUUAUGAGGCGAAAGAACAGCUUAUGCGUGAUUACGACCUGUAAAAGGACUUUGUUUUCAUGCCUGUUCAUGGUUUUCCUUAUUACUACUAUAUGAAUUGUAGUAUUAAACACUCAGUGCCGCCGUAUAUCAGCACACAGAAGAAUAUACUCGUAGUACGUGGGCACAUAUAUAUAUUAACCCGCCAUAUAUACUUUUCUGUCUAAUACAGUCCUUGUAGCCUACUGUUUAAUUAUUUUGUCUAUUAAAUGUAUUAUUAUUCACUAUAAUCUUUUAAAUUAAACUUAAACGUAGUAUAAAAUGUAAUCAAACAGACUAAACUUUGGUCUAAAACGGUAAACAUUGCAUGGCUAAAUCUUUGUUUGCUAAAAUCAAUGACAAUGCCGAGUUUUAAAAACACUUACCAAACCUAUUAUGUUAAAUGAUUUGAUGCUUUCGUUUUAAGGACAAGCACAAAUAUAAUAAACACGUUACAGUAGCAGUGAUUCCUGCAACUACACACCACUGACAUUUAUAACAUACACAUGCAACUAUGCAAACAUUACAGCAUUACACUAUCAAUCUUUCACAUACUCACCACAAAGACACACACAAGUUGCUGUAUGCAAGUCCUUGGAUCCCAUCAUCAAAUCUGUAAUGUCAAUGAUCUCAAGUCUGGAUCUUCAAUUAACUAUACUCCUACGAGCACCUGUUGAUAGUAACAACGUUUUAGCUAAUCGUUUUCUUAGAAGAGACGUAGCAAACUCUAUGUGAGGAACAUAUAGCAUCCAUGCUUAUAUUCGCCAUAGAAGCGUUCGUUUAGUUUUUAAUUUAUUCAGUAUAAAGCACUGCAUGUCAUUUUCCAUAAAUCAAAUAUGUUCAGACAACUUGUCUCAUGAACUAUAUUAUAGUACUGAGCUAUAUAGUCAUAUAGAUAGCUGCACUGAUUUGAACACUUUACAUUGUCAAGAAGUAGCUAUACAGACAUCACAUUAAUUAACAAUUAUUUUGCAAUCGAAUGCGAGGUGUGAGACAACGUCGAGGUAUUUGUUUGAUUGUAAUCAAUGAGCGGGGGGCGAAUAACUGUUUAACGUCGCUCAACCAAUCAAAGGCCAGAAUUUUCAACAAUCACCUUUGUAAUUAUACUAAAGACAAUAAUUUAAAAAGCAGUGCGCGGACCAUUGGUAUGUUGAGAUACGGUGAAACACGACUCGCAUGCAGUUCUUUCAAAAACUAUUAACUUUGAUUUUCAAAAUGUCAAGGCUAUGAAAUCUAUCAUUCUCUAGCGCAUGUGUUAAAGAUGUUUAAUAUUUGUCUGUCAUAUCACAACAUUCCACAAAUCACUUCGUGUGGUCAAUAGUCAUCAUGGAACUGAAUGCAUUCAGAGAAUAACAUCAGUGUUCUUUACCUGGUAGAUGGUUUACGGUUUUCUCGUAAAGACUGUCAUGCGGUGCGAUGUACUACUUUCAUUCAACGACCUCAACAAUGUCGUGUUGUUAUGGAAACAAAGGGUUAAUAUUGCCAACUUAUACCUGGAGAAAUUCUAUAAAACAUCGGACGCUAUCCAAAAUACAAUACAGCAAGCUUGAACACGUAGUACGCCAGAUAUGUCAAAUGGCCAUCUGCGAAAAACUGAAAAAAAACCACAAACCAUAAAUAUCUUCAGUACAGGCGGGGUCAAGUUAUUUCGACGCUGUUAGCCGAACAAAAGAUCUUAGCAAGGUCAAGAGGCAUAGCAAAUGGAAAUAUCAUCUUGUUGUAAGGCAGUUUACCCGAACAAAAGAUCUCAGCAAAGUCAAGACGCGUAGUAAAUAAUAACAUCAUCUUGUUGUAAGGUAGUUUACCCGAACAACAGAUCUCAGCAAAGUCAAGAGGCGUAGUAAAUGGAAAUAUCAUCUUGUUGUAAGGCAGUUUUAGCCGGGCAAAAGAUCUUAGCAAAGUUAAAAGCGUAUGGAAAGAAAACGUAACGAUGCUCGCUUUAACUUUGCAAUAUUCACACGCAGCAAAGAAUCAGCCAACAUGGCAGACCCAGAAACGUUUAGGUCAUCAAAAUACUUACAGAAUCCUGAACUUUGAAGGAAUAUAUGUUGACGUCAAUGUCUUAAAAUUCCAGCAUUGACAAUAUGGUUCCUAUACGUAAAUGAAAGGCACGAAGAGAGUUGAUUUAACAAAACAUAAAGUGCGUCCAUAUUCCCUUCUCUCAAUCACGUCUGGCAAAUACCGAACUGAAAAGGACAACAAAAAUUGAACUCAAGGAAAGGUUAAUUUGCGGAAUGUUGUGACAUGUACUGACAGAAAACGAAGUUGUUUAAAAAAAACGUUGUUGUAUUUUGUUGCUGAAUUUGUCUAAUUUUUACGGUAUAUUUUAUC